AUGGUCGAGGAUGCUGCGAAAAGGAUUCUUAUAACCAGACGAUCGCAAUCAGUGAAGUCUGACUGCGGAGGUCAUGUUGAUUUGGGAGAGGAUCUAUUCGAUACAGCAGCUCGUGAAGUGAAAGAAGAGAUACAGGGAACUCCAGAGACUUCCGCCAUCGACGUGACUCUUGUCCACGCCAAUCACGAUGAAACUACCAUGUUCGCGUCCGAAUUGAGCUCGAGGAUAGCUGAAGGCACAUUUUUCGCGAUGGAACGAUGGCUUAUAGAGCGUAACCUGGAGUAG